AUGCGGAUUUUCGCAUGGAUUAAAUCCGUAAAUUGUUUUGUUUUGCCAUAUUCGUUGUUCGUCACAGUAGCUGCACACAUUCUUACAUCAGGCAUCACUCUGGGCUAUCGACUUCACGCUUUACGGCUUCAUCUGGAGACAUGUGGUUUUGCAUCUGGAGGCGCAGCUCCAAAAAUUGGAUAUUUGCUGAAGCUUGUGCCGUUUGUUAAGGAAAUCGGAGCAACUGGUGUUAUGAUAGAAUAUGAAGACAUGUUCCCAUUUACAGGAAAACUGAGCAGUGUGAAAGCUGGGAAUGCGUACUCCAUGGAAGACCUGCGACGUUUUCUGCGUUCACUUGAAACACACAAUUUGGACAUUAUUCCGCUUGUGAUUUGUUUGACGGAUGACGCGGCUGUUGGUUUGGUUGAAGAAGCGGUGAAGCAAGUUUUGGCCCUGCACAAGGAUUUCCCCAUGAAAUAUUUUCACAUUGGAGCAGAUGAAGUUUUUCAAGUUUGUUCUUUAUUAUCAACCUCGUGCAGUUGUGAUUUUUAA